GGCAGCCGCCUGCUCUCCCCGCCGCGGCAGUUUGGGCAGCUACGAGGCCGCCCGUGCUGGCGCCGCGGACGCCGACGUGGAGGUCCUGCGCCAGCAGCAGCAGGUCCUCCUCUGCUUGCUUGGCCAGGCCUCCGCCGAUCCGGCCGCGCUGCACAAGCUCUACCAGGAGCUCCUGCGGCACGGCGCGGCCGCCAAGGAGGCUCUCCCGGGCCCCGGAGAGCGAGUGGUGCCCGACCGGGACGCUGGUGCUGCAGCUCCUCCGGCAGGCGCCCCUCUCAGCCCCGGGCCGCCCUCGCGCUUCGAGCAGGACUUCGAGCGGAUGGAGCUCCUCGGCCGGGGCGCCUUCGGCGAGGUCUGGCGCUGCCGACACCGGCUCGACGGGCACGAGUAUGCCGUCAAGAUGGUCCAGUUCCGCUCCAGGGCAUCCGACGGCGACAGGCUCCGGCAGCGCGUGGCGCGCGAGGUGGAGGUCCAGGCCAGCCUGGCGCACCCAGGAAUAGUGCGGUACCACACGUCGUGGGUCGAGGGCCACUGGGUCUACAACCAGGAGCCGCGGGCGCACGACUCCCGGGCGAGGCACGCGGUAGAGGCCGUGAGCGGUGACGGCUCCGCGGCCCUCAGCCUCCCGGAGGAGUCCGAGGAGAGCGGGGUGGUCUUCGGAGAGGCCAGCAGCGCGGGCACCAUCGAGUGCGAGCCGCUCCCGCCCGUGGAGAUCGUGCCCGCGUGCGGCGAGCCGGAGUUCCAUGCCACGUUGUACAUACAGUCUGAGCUGUGCAGCAAGGACACUCUGCACUCCUGGAUCGCCCAGAGGAACGCGGCCUUCGCCUCCGGGCAGCUCACGGAGGAGCAGAGGGAGCAGUGGAAUCGCAAAGCGUGCGGGAUCUUCGCCCAGGUCGUCGACGCGGUGGCGCACCUGCACGCGCAGUCCUGCGUGCACCGCGACAUCAAGCCUGCCAACAUCUUGUUCGCCCGCGACGGCAGGGCCCGCGUCGCGGACUUCGGGCUCGCGAAGGACAGCUCCCACGAGCUCGGCUCCUGGGGCGUGCUGCCUGAAGGCCGUGCGAGCGGCUGGACGGCGUCCCUGCCCAGGACGAGGGCAGUCGGCACACCCGCCUACGCCAGCCCGGAGCAGCUCGCGGGCGCGGCCGCCGGGUCCGCGGGCGACGUGUACUCGCUGGGCGUGAUACUCGCGGAGCUGCUGUGCCCCGUGCAGACACAGAUGGA